AUAGAGUAUCAAGGAGGUUACUUGUGUAAAAUAUUUGGACACGGUCAGUGUCUGCUACCACCUCCAAACUACAACCACAGAACUCUGAAGGGACCAGAGUGGACAGUUUUCAAAGAGAUUGUCUCGUUGGUUGUAUUCCGACCUUUCACCCGGAUGUUGCUAUUGCGGCUACUCGUGCCGAAACUACAGCAUGAGCAAAAUGGAGCGGGAGCAAGAGCAGGAGACGACCACCUCACAAGAAUUGCUUUCUUGUGGUAAUGGGGAAGGUUUCCACGAGAAGCUGCUGCUGAAGUCAAAAGCCUCCAGCACUGGUGGUUCACUUCAGACCUCGAAAGUGCCUAGAAGUAGCGUGCUGGACAGGCUGCAGUCCUUCCUGCCACAGAUGGCCCAGGCGAACCGGAAGCUGAGAGAGGAGCUGGAAUCUGCUCCCGCCGGUCGUUUCGACAUUGAGUGUGUCGACGACAUCGAGAAAGUUAUUGAAAUGGAUGUGGCCCUGGUGGAGCUGCAGGACUCCGACUCAGAUGAGGACACAGCGAGCGACAGCAGCUCCGACUCGGACUCCGACGGGGACGGCGAGGUCACGGAGGCCACCCUGAGGCUCCCCGGAGACGGGAAGAAGGGGAAGCCCAAUAUCGAGGUUCUAGAGCGGGAAGAUUCUUAGCCUUUAGCGUAGGACUCCUCUGCACAUAAGGGUCACUGGAGUGUAGCAGGGAGGGGCGUGUCUGCACAGGGCCGUGGGCUGUAACCCUGGGGUGGAAAACGUCCUCCCACUUGAGUGGGCUGAGUGGCUGAUCUGGCUGCUGAUGUUUUUGUCCAAGCAUCACAAUCCCAGUCAAUCUCAGAAAAGGCACGUAGAUGAUUGUGCAAUUCUUAUUAGCCAAGCGCAUACAGCAGCCUGUGUGUGUCUGUACCCCUGCUGCCACCUGUCUCUUACUGUCUUCCAUUACCUUUCAUUACCUCAGGCCCAGGUGUUGAAGGUUACAACCUGACCCCCUUUAAAAUGAGGGCGUUGGCAGGCUUUGUAUAUUUGUGGAAAAUGAAUUUUGCUUAAGUUUAUGUUGUAACUGUGCAGAUGGCCCAUUUAAUUUAGAAUGCAGAAUGAGUUAGACUCGUCAGCGAGUAGCUGGUGUUCUGUUCCCAAGCAGCCUCCCCACUUCCACAACAGCCAAGGGCAUCUUUGGAUUCUUGGAGGCUCCCUAGGUUGCCAUGGCGAUGUAGCAGAGCUGUCCUUGUUCUCUGUUGCUGAAAGUUCUGAGAGGAUUCCGCAGUCCUGGUUGGUACAUAAACUCACCCUGGCAGUCAGUAAAUAAUGAUACAGGGCAAGAAACUGUCGAGCUUAAGGACAGACGGGGCCCUCCUGGACCUCUGAUCGCUUAAACUUCUACACUCAUCAGUGCAAUUUCCGUCCUCCCUGCAGUGGUUUGAGAAUGAGUUUUUCCACGCGGUAGUGACACAGCGCCUCCUUGUGGAUGUGUAAAAGCUGAAUACUGUCAGAUGAGAUUACAGUACAGUGAAAAAUUAAUGAAAUUUAUGAACUUAUAUUUUUAUAAUUUUUAUGAUAUGGGGGGGUUGCCUUUUGCAAAAAGGUUCUGAAGGUGCUUACCAGAUAUUGCUAAUUGGGCCUCAAACAUGUUAUAAAUUUGCCCUUGGAAUCUUUGUAUUGGGGAAAAUCCGCACACAAUAUGUAUUUUUCAUUAAAUUUCAAAUGUAAAUAUUAAAAGUUUUUUUUUUUCAUUA